AUGUCUUAUCGAGGCCGCGGAGAAGCCAAAGACAACAGCCACGUGGACACCGAAGCUCAGGGAGAUAGCGAGCACAGCCAGGAUGUACCACAGACGGGCGGGUUUGCGCCGUUGCAUCGGAAGCUGAAGAGCAGGCAUCUGCAGAUGAUAGCCAUUGGAGGCAUUAUCGGUCCAGGUCUUUUAGUAGGCUCGGGGAAUGCCUUACAUCUUGCCGGCCCGGCGGGCAUCUUGAUUAGCUUUUGCCUUGUCGGGCUUAUCGUGCUCUUUUCUGUACUGCAGUCUUUGGGAGAGCUUGCAACUUUGAUGCCAGUUAGUGGAUCAUUCACAGAAUAUGCUGCUCGCUUCGUAGAUGAGGCACUGGCAUUCGCCUUAGGCUGGGCUUACCGGGUCCUGGCGAAUGAAUAUAAUGCAAUAUCUCUCGUAGUCAUGUACUGGACUGAAGUCGUCCCCCAAUGGGCCUGGAUACUGAUCUUCUGGCUCAUCUUCUUGAGCUUCUCCGCGCUCGGAGUACUGGCCUAUGGAGAACUUGAAUUUUGGUUGUCUUUAAUCAAGGUUCUUUCUCUGUCAGUCUUCUUCAUCCUCGCUAUCGCUAUCUCGACGGGUGGCAUAGGCCCGCAAAAUAUUGGCUUCAAGUAUUGGCACGACCCUGGCGCUUUCGCGGACGGCAUCAACGGUGUUGCAAAAACAUUUGUGAUAGCCGGAACAUUGUAUGCAGGAACUGAAAUGGUCGGCAUCACUGCUGGCGAAUCAUCGAAUCCUCAAACGGCUGUUCCUCGAGCUAUCCGGCAAGUGUUCUGGCGUAUUCUGAUCUUUUAUGUCGGGACGAUGUUCUUCAUCGGGAUUCUCAUCCCGUACGACGAUAAGAGGCUUCUCGCGUCCGGGUCUGGUACAGCAAGAUCGCCGUUGACGAUUGCACUUGCGGACGCUCGGAUUGCUCCUGCGGCGCACUUGAUCAACGCUCUUAUUGUCAUAUCUGUCCUGUCGGCCGGAAACUCCUCGCUUUACGUUGCGUCCAGGACGAUUACGCACAUGGCUCGGAACGGCAUGGCGCCAAAGAUUCUCGGUAAAGUUAACAGCAAAGGAGUGCCUUGGGUCGCGUUGCUAUUUACCAACAUAUUCGCUUGUAUCGCUUUUCUCUCGCAAUCAGCUAGUGCAGGAAAGCUGUACUCUGCGUUGAUUACACUGUCUGGCGUUGCGACUUUCAUUGUUUGGGGUACGAUCGAACUCGUCCACAUCCGGUUCCGCAAGGCUUUAGAAGUACAGGGCCAGAGCGUGGACGACUUGCCGUUCAAAGCGCGAUGGUAUCCAUGGUGCACCUAUACCUGUUUAGCUGCCAACGUAUUCUUAAUCUUUUUCCAAGGCUAUACGGCAUUCUUAAAACCGUUUAACUCUACCGACUUUGUCGUCAAUUACGUACUCCUUCCAGUCUUUCUUCUUUUCUACGUGGUUUGGAAGUUCUGGCACAAGACAAAGCUUGUUAAGCUCUCUGAGAUCGACAUCUGGAGCGGACGUCGAGAUGCCGUCGCGGAGGAUGCAGACAAACCGAAGCCGUCAGCCCUCCAUCACAUUAAAAACGUCGUUAUUGGGUAG